CAACCCUCCAUUAUCUGAGUUUCUGUGAAUUUCGAAUGGAGUUACUCGUCACAUCUCAAAAAAAAAAAAGAAAAAAACAUUAUCUCAUCGUUCUCUGUCCUUCCCUCCUGUAUUUUCUUUUAAAAAUUCAUUUAUUUCUUCGGAAGAGUAGAAAAUACAACAAAAAUGGUUCCUCGAUGGAACAUCCGUCUAAUUUAAUCUCGCCAACAUUUGAGGAAUUAGGUGGUGUUGGUUUCUUCGUCUUGGACUUCGUUUCACGGCAGUCAGUAAUCAUGCGAUCCCAUUCAUCAAUAUCUCAAAAUCUUCGUUAUUAUUCAUCUCGUUUGGGGCUUUCGAGAUCCCGCAACGUUGCAACUCCUUCCACAGCCUUUCGCGAUUCACGCUCUUCGCUACGUCGUCUGAAGUUAAAUGUAACAAGUGUUCAAAAGCGUGGGUGUCAAUCAAUAAAGGGCAAUGGUAGAGUUAUGGCCUUUGACGAGGAUUCAUUCGGUUUUUCAUCACUUGAUGAUUGGGGUGAUGAGGGGACUUCUGGUUACAUGGGUUCAUCCGGCGAUGAGAGUGAUGGGGAAAUUAUUUUGAAUCCAGUUACGGAUGUAGAUCUGCCUGCUAUUUCUGUAUCAUCUCAAGAUGCUUUUACAGUAACUACUCACAGGCUUGCAAUGCUUGGGAGAAGACGCAAAAAACACAGGAUCAAGCUUGGGGUUUUAAACAAUCUGGGGUUGAUAAUCUUUUCAAUGGGGCUUCUUUUAUUUGUGGAUUGGUGUGCAUGGAAGAUUAUCAGACUGCCACUAGCAUCAUUCUACUUGACCCGUCCCUUUUUUAUUUCAGCAAUUCUAGUCUCCUUUGUCGGCUACAUAUGUGUCCCAUUACUCUAUGCUCUGAAUAUUUAUCAAGUUAUCAGGAAGGAUGGACUUGCAAGGCACUCCAAGAAAGGAAGAACCCCCACAAUGGGUGGGUUAUUUUUCAUACCGAUUGGUAUAGGCGUUGCAAGAUUCGUAGCUGGUUUUUCUUCCACUGAAGUUUCAGGAGCAGCAGCAAUAACUCUUGUGUUUUUUGCAAUUGGGCUACUAGAUGACAUACUUAGUCUUAUCAAAAGUAAUAGUAAUCGUUUUUCUGUGUGGAUUAAGAUUAUACUGGAGGUAGCUGUUGGUUCCUGGUUUUCGUUUUGGUUGGCCACCACAACUAUAGCAUCACCAUACAACAUAAAAAUGGUGGUUCCUCUACCUGCUCCAUUGGGCCUUGUGUGUCUGGGGAAGUUUUAUCCGCUGUUGACUUCAUUAUGUUUUGUUUCCAUGACAAAUGGAGUUAACUUGACAGAUCGUCUUGAUGGACUGGCUGCUGGAACUGCUGCACUAGCUUUUAUUGGAAUGUCAAUCGCUGUGCUACCAAUAUGUCCUGACCUGGGUACAUUUGGAGCAUCAAUGGCAGGAGCCUGUGUAGGCUUUCUGUUGCACAACCGGUACAAGGCAUCCGUGUUUAUGGGUGAUACUGGAUCCUUGGCACUUGGGGGAGCAUUAGCUGCAAUGGCUGCUUAUACAGGGAUGUUCUUUCCAUUAUUUAUAUCUUCUGGAAUCUUUGUAUUGGAAGCAUCGUCAGUUAUCCUACAGGUUUUUUACUUCAAGGCAACCAAAUUCAUGAGGGGUACUGGUUGCCGCUUGUUCCGAAUGGCACCCUUUCACCAUCACCUUGAAUUAUGUGGAUUCAAAGAGCCAACCAUUGUUGCUUUUGCAUAUGUUUUAUCAUGUGUAUUGGCCUUAUUUGCUGGAUAUGUUGGUCUUUUGUCAGCAUAGGUUUCAGCAUGAAGUUUUGAUCCUCUUCUAUCACUCUCUUUUUUUUUUUGGAGACAAUGAGGAAGAAAGUAGUUGAACCAGUGACAGAGUGAAUCUACAAAGAUGACUUCCUUCAUAUGAAUCCAAAGAUUCAUUGACUCUUGAUAGAUAUGGCACUUGUGGACACAGCUGAUUUAUGAGUCCAAAGAUGCAAAAUAGUGGAGGUGGCUGCAAUGUCUCUCUUCAUCUUGGAGCCGGAUUAAUGUCUCUUCUAGCCAAAUGGUUGCUUAGUAUUGUUCAUUAUUCUUGUAGUUAACAUCGAACUAAGCAGCCAUUUUUCUACUGUAAAUUAUCUAUAAAAUUUUCUUCAAGCACAUAAGUAAGAGACAUUAAACCGGCAACAAGAAGAAGAGAUACAUUUGCAGCAACCCGAAGUCUCCCGCUAUUUUCCAUCCUUGAACUGAUAAAAUCAGCUGCGUCCACAAGUGCCAUACAUAUGCAGAGUUGAGAAUUCCUCCAACAAUGAGCGCGGGCUAGUCUCAUUGUAUACAGCACAGAUGCCAAUUGCGACACCAACUGGGAUUGUAAGGCAGAAAACAUUUCCCUAAUCGCAACAGCUCUAGACUUGAAUUGUGCCUAUUGAAGCAUAUAAGUAAAUCAAUUCUCAGUUUAUGUUUA